AUGAAACACAGACACAUGCCCAUUAAGACUCCCUCCGAAGAGCCAAGUUCAGCGGCACCGAGAGGCGUAGGACCCAAAGGCAACAUGGCGCCUCAAAAGACAUUCCUAUACAUGCUGAUUCUCUACUUGGACAUAAGCUUUGCCCAAAGAGACUGCACCGGUGUGGACUGCCCAGAAAUACACCGCUGCAUCGAGACCACUUUGGAGAGCGGAGCCUGCUGCCCCACCUGCUCAAAGAGGGGCUGCACCUGCGAGGGCUAUCAGUACUACGACUGCGUCCAGGCGGGAUUCCGACGCGGGAAAGUCCCAGAAGGAGAGUCUUACUUUGUAGAUUUCGGAAGCACAGAAUGCUCCUGUCCCAGAGGCGGAGGUAACAUCAGCUGCCGCUUCAUCCCUUGCCCUGAAAUCCCCGCAAACUGCAUCGACGUCUCGCAGCCCGAAGACGGAUGCCCGCAGUGCGCUAAGAUCGGCUGCGUGCACGUUAGCGAGGCCCAGGGAGAGGCGCUUCAAAAGGGCCAAACCUCACACGGGAAGACCACAGCCAGCCACAGACCACAGCCGGCGAGCACAGAGAGGUCUAUAAGACAUAACAGCGAGAGAAGCAACUCUACACGUGCACAUAAGACCAGCAGGAACGCCGCCAAGCACCAGAAGCAAAGCCAAAACGGUCAGUCGGUGAGGAAAGAGCAAGAGGAAAGGCCCCAUCCCGCCAUACAGUUCAGCCCCACCACCAAGCCUCCAGUUCGGAUGAGGGAUUUUGGACAGCAGCCAAAAAGACUUGCCCAGACACUUCUCAACUCUCAAGAUGCGGAAGUGUCUUCAGACGAGCUGCUGAGGAGCUGCUGUGAGACUGGAGAGAAAUGGGCAUCUGUGAGGGGCCACUGCAGCAGCAUGGAGCCUCCCACUCGGGACCGCCACUCCAUCUGCUGGACGUCCCAACAGCAGUGCUGCCUGGGCUCCCUCCGAGAGCAGCAGUGUCUGUCCGGAGUGAAGGCGGCCACGGCUGGAGCCUCCUGUGAAAGAGACGGCGCUGAUGAAUGUGGAAGCAAUUCUUUCAAGGAGUGCUGUGGCUGCUGCGCUCUGGGUCUGCAGUUCCGCGCUGAGGCCCUGAGCUGCGACGCCCACCCUUCUCUGGGCUUCCACUGCAGACACAUAUUCAUGACCUGCUGCGAGGAGGAGGAAGGGGCUGGAGGUCCUAGCGCCUGGCACCCGGUCAGAGACAGACCUGCCUCAGCCCCCACCUCACCCCCCCAACGAGUGUCUGACAGUCCAGCGUUCCCAAAAGAGGCCUUCUCUCUGGGGCAGGAGGUUGAGAACGCGGUGGAGAGCCCGGUGGAGGUGGAGGACAUGGACGAGUGUCUGAUCUACGAGGGGAGCAUCUGCCAUCACACAUGUGUCAACACGCCAGGAUCCUUCCGCUGCCAGUGUUUCCCUGGGUACACGCUGCAGGAGGACGCCGUCACGUGUGCGAAAGAGACUCCAGAAGAUCAGAACAGGCUGAAGGAGGAUGACAAAGAGGAGCCCACAUUACCUCCUCCUGCACCACCCACAGAGCACCCUGCCCCAAACCCAUGCCAAGAAAACAAUCCCUGUGAACAACAGUGCACUCCGGUGGGCAGAUGGCCUCAGUGCUCCUGCUUCCCGGGGUUUGCCCUGGCAACGAAUGGAUUAUCUUGUGAAGACAUAAACGAGUGUCUGUCGGGGCUGGUCUGCCAUCUGAACGAGCGCUGUGUGAAUACUGCAGGGAGCUACAGCUGUCAGAGGGUCCUCACCUGUCCCCCCGGGUACCACAUCCAGCAGGACAUGUGCGAGGAUGUAAACGAGUGUGCGCAGAGUAGCCAUAGCUGUGGUCCAGACUUUGAGUGUGUGAAUACUCUGGGCUCGUUCCGCUGCAAUCCCAGACCCCGGUGUCCGAGAGGCUUCAGUCAGGACCAGCAGGGACACUGUGCAGAUGUGGACGAGUGUGUGCUGAGCCAGCCCUGUGGUCUGGGCUUCAACUGCAUCAACACGGCCGGCUCCUACGUGUGCAACAGAAAGAUCAUCUGCAGCCGCGGGUAUCGCUCCAGUCCAGAUGGCUCCAGAUGCGUGGACGUGGACGAGUGCGAGGGCGGCCUACAUCGUUGCGGAGAGGGUCAGCUCUGUCACAAUAUGGCCGGCUCCUAUCGCUGUGAAUGCCAAACCGGCUAUCAGUACGACUCAUUCGGGAAGACGUGUGUAGAUGUGAACGAGUGCUGGCGUUACCCGGGCCGCCUGUGUGCCCAGACUUGUGACAACACCCCAGGCUCCUACCGCUGCUCCUGCACCGCCGGCUUCCGCUUAUCCGGCGACGGCAACAACUGUGAAGAUGUGAACGAGUGCCUGUCGAGCCCGUGUGGUCAGGAGUGCUCCAACUUGUACGGCUCGUACCAGUGCUACUGCAACCAGGGAUACUUCCUCAGAGAAGACGGACACUCCUGCGAUGACAUCGACGAGUGUUCCCAAAGCAUCGGUCACCUCUGCACCUACAAGUGUGUGAACGUGGCGGGCAGCUACCAGUGCGCCUGCCCCCAACACGGAUACACCAUGUCUCCCAACGGCCGCUCCUGCAGAGAUAUCGACGAAUGCACCAGUGGGACGCACAACUGUUCUCUGUCUGAAACCUGCUACAAUAUUCAGGGAGGACAUCGUUGCCUCUCGUUUGACUGUCCCCCCAACUACAGGAGGGCGUCCGACACUCGUUGUGAGCGGAUGAGCUGCCCUAACUUCCUGGACUGCCAGAGCUCUCCUCUGCGCAUCACCUACUACUACCUGAGCUUCCAGUCCAACAUCCUCAUCCCGGCUCAAAUCUUCCGCAUCGGACCAUCGCCCGCUUACUCCGGGGAUAACGUCAUCGUCAGCAUCACCCAGGGCAACGACGACAACUACUUUAGCACGCGCAAACUCAACACCUACACGGGUGCGGUGUACCUACACCGGCAGCUGGAGGGGCCCCGGGACUUCCUCGUCACCGUGGAGAUGAAACUGUGGCGUCAGGGAACGUUCACCACGUUCCAAGCUCGCAUUUAUGUGUUUAUCACAGGAACAUUGCUCUAA